AACGUGUUUUAUAUAUUUAUGUAAUUUCUCCGGUUCUGUGCAGCCAUAUGUGACUCUACAUCGUGAAUUUGCGCGAGUGAAUAGGACAAGUAAAUAUGUGUUGUAUGUGGUCUUUGGAUCAGUGAUAAACAUGGAAGAUUGGGAAGCUGAAACGCAAGCAGCAUCAGACUUGCAUGCGGUAGCAGCGCCUGAGUUGCCCGAGAUCAAGCUUUUUGGUCGAUGGACUUCCGACGAUAUUCAAGUCAAUGACAUGAGCUUGACUGACUACAUCUCCGUGAAGGAGAAGCAUGCCAAGUACCUGCCGCAUUCGAACCUGCGGUACCAAAUGAAGCGCUUCCGCAAGGCGCAAUGCCCGAUCGUCGAGCGACUGACCUGCUCCAUGAUGAAGCAUGGACGUAACAACGGCAAGAAGCUGCUAACCGUGCGCAUUGUCAAGCAUGCAUUCGAAAUCAUCCACCUUCUUGCUGGAGAAAAUCCCCUGCAAGUGUUGGUGAAUGCUAUCAUCAACAGCGGUCCACGUGAGGACUCUACACGUAUUGGACGUGCUGGCACAGUUCGUCGUCAGGCUGUAGAUGUGUCCCCUCUGAGACGUGUCAACCAGGCCAUCUGGCUGCUCUGCACCGGAGCUAGGGAAUCCUCGUUCAGGAAUAUCAAGUCCAUUGCAGAGUGUCUGGCUGAUGAACUGAUCAAUGCAUCCAAGGGAUCUUCGAACUCUUAUGCCAUCAAGAAGAAAGACGAGUUGGAGAGAGUUGCAAAGUCUAACCGUUAGCUUGUGUUUAAAGGAGGGCUUUACCUUACGUGUAUGUAUGAAGCAGAAAAAUAAAUGAAUGUGAUUAAGAUG